GAUAAUAAACACAAUGAAUUACAAUUGGAUAAUAAGUGCAAUAAACUUGAUUUUCACCAGUCUCAAUUAAAAUACGUUAACUUAAGUGGCAAUCGAUUGAGUCAAUUAAAUCACGUCAACGGCUGUACGAGUCUUCACACAAUUAUAUUGCACACAAACUCCAUGACCACAAUACCGCUGUUCAAGUGCUGUCAACAGCUCCAGGUCCUCGAUAUCAGCAAUAAUUGUUUCGAUGAGAAACUAUUAACAGAACAGACAGACUCCGAGCCCACAGGCAACAAUCUGGACAUACUAUUCAACAACUGUUCAUCGCUGAAGCACUUGGAUAUGAUAGCGUCGGGAGGUUUUAACGCCCGGAACGUGAUCAACAGGUCUCAGUACCUGACAGUUCCCGUGAAUGAGCGGCUCAUACACUUCGUGGACAUGGGUGCUGUGAAUCAAUGUCAGAUUGCCAUUUGCAACUCAUUCAUCAACUCGUCGGCGUGCGUGGAGGUGCUGUCCGAGUCGGAGCUGAUGGUGUGUCUCGUGAAUGGCACCAAAUACGCGCCAAUCAUUAAAUCAAACUUCAGCUCAAUAUUGGAGACAGAGAUGGGUUGCAUCGAAACCCGCGGCGAUUACCUCCGAAACAGCAUAUUAUCGAUGUUUAAGAUAUUAGGCGAUAGAAAGUGUGAAAACCUGAAGAAUAUACCAACACGGGUUCAGUAG